GAUUUUUCCCGCUUUUGCUAGAGAAAAAAAAAAAAAAAGAGGAAAAAGAAAUUUCAUUUAGCUCUGUUUAUCUCUCUGGACGAAGAUACCAGAGAUAGAUAGACAGAGAGCCAGCUAAACAGAAACAGCCUCGAUUUCUGAAAUAGUAGAGCUUCCGUUUCUUUUAGUUUUCAAAUGGUGUAAAUUAGUUAGCUCUCUCAGCUUCGCUUUACUUAAUUUACUAAAGCAAUGGCUAUCGGCAGCUUGAUUUCUAACCGGAACCUCGGUUCUUUUAUCGGCUCAGGAAAAGUUCGUGAACAAGCUAUUUUACAGCAUAAGGGAGAGCGGCCAAGCAUUGCAGCUGCUAGAUUUGCACAUGGAAACAUCUUCUACCGAAAGUGUCAUAGCCAAAUGGCCAUUUCUUAUACUUCCGGAUUCUCAUGUUCGCCAGUUCUUCGAGUCACCAAUCACUCAAGCGAAAAAACUUCGAAAUCCUUAGCAGUUCCUCUACAAAGAAGUCUAGGAAGAUGUAACUGUUCUUCAUAUCCUUUUGUUGGUAAUUGGCUUCAGCUGACCAAAGGACAAUUUCAGCAUUUUGAAUUUGUCAAGGUCAACAGAACCCGUGCUCACUAUAAAUCCGAGGAGUAUGACAUAACGCAAGCUGCAGAGGGGUCAAGUGAGGCUGUAUUAGUAGAAGGAAACCUCCCUUGGUGGGAGCAGUUUCCAAAGCGAUGGGUGAUUGUACUACUCUGUUUUAUGGCAUUUCUUUUAUGCAACAUGGACCGUGUAAACAUGAGCAUUGCAAUACUUCCAAUGUCACAAGAGUUCAAUUGGAACAGUGCAACAGUUGGUUUGAUUCAGUCUUCAUUUUUCUGGGGCUACCUAAUGACUCAGAUUGUUGGAGGCAUCUGGGCAGAUAAAAUUGGUGGAAAGCUAGUAUUGGGUUUUGGAGUUGUCUGGUGGUCAAUAGCUACAGUUUUGACUCCUAUCGCUGCAAGAAUUGGACUCCCAUUCCUGUUGAUGAUGCGAGCUUUUAUGGGAAUUGGUGAGGGUGUUGCUAUGCCCGCUAUGAAUAAUAUUCUUUCUAAGUGGAUUCCUGUCUCAGAGAGAAGCAGAUCACUUGCCCUAGUUUAUAGUGGCAUGUAUCUUGGUUCUGUCAUGGGAUUAGCUGUCUCUCCUGUUCUAAUCCAAAAAUUUGGAUGGCCAUCAGUCUUCUACUCAUUUGGAUCACUAGGAAGUAUAUGGUUUGCUUUAUGGCUAAGAAAGGCUUAUAGCUCUCCAAAAGAAGACCCAGAGCUUAGCGCACAGGAAAAAAAGCUUAUAUUGGGAGGCAGUGUAUCAAAGGAACCUGUUUCAGUCAUUCCUUGGAAAUUAAUACUAUCAAAAGCACCUGUUUGGGCUCUCAUUAUUUCUCACUUCUGCCAUAAUUGGGGAACUUUUAUUCUUUUAACGUGGAUGCCUACAUACUACAAUCAGGUUUUGAAGUUUAAUCUCACGGAAUCUGGGCUAUUCUGUGUCUUGCCAUGGUUGACCAUGGCUUUUUUCGCAAAUAUAGGAGGGUGGAUUGCUGACACACUAGUGAGCAAAGGUCUUUCCAUAACUGCAGUUCGAAAGAUCAUGCAAUCAAUUGGCUUUUUAGGGCCAGCUUUCUUUCUAACACAGCUGAGCCAUGUUAGGACUCCUGCUAUGGCUGUACUAUGCAUGGCCUGCAGUCAGGGAUCUGAUGCAUUCUCUCAGUCUGGUCUCUAUUCCAAUCACCAAGACAUCGGCCCCCGUUAUGCUGGAGUUCUAUUAGGACUAUCAAAUACUGCAGGAGUGCUUGCUGGCGUCUUUGGUACUGCUGCUACUGGAUACAUUCUCCAAAGAGCAGGUUCUUGGGAUGAUGUGUUUAAGGUGGCUGUAGUAUUAUACAUCAUAGGCACAUUAGUCUGGAACUUAUUUUCAACUGGAGAGAAAAUUCUGGACUAGAAAAACGCAAGAAACAUUCAGGUGAAGAUGCACUACAUGAAAGAGACAAAAGGCAACGAGAUCGGAGUAUAAAGAAAUUGAAGGAGAAAAAAGUAGAUUCAUAAAAGAAGCACAAAUUCAAGGGUUAAAACCUUGCUCAAACAACUAAAGGCUAAGAUGGAGCCAGUUCGAAAGUUUUGCUGCCAGCUUUGAGGUCCCUGAUUUUCUUUGACAUAUAAUGGGAUGGUUUUUAAUAGACCUUUUGAAUCGGUUACAUGUCCUUUUCUUUUCCUUCCAUUUGCAUAUGAGAAAAAAAAUCGCCCUUUCAUUUCA